AUGACGACUUCGCUGCUUGUGCAUCCACGCUGGGCGGACACCUUGAUGUACGUUUAUGAAAAAAGCCCGAAUGAAAGCGGACCGAAUAAAAGCCAAACAAUGGAGGGACUGAGCGGUAAUUGCCCCGCGACCCACUGCAGGGACCUGAUGUCGCACCCCGCCCUGGGACGACACUCCGGCACCAUAGCGACCCACCAAGGCUCCGUCUACUCGGAUAUUUCCUCGCCGGACAGCGCUCGCCAGUGUCCAGCCCCGCAGUCGUCCUCGGGCGCCUCGCUCAGCUACGGCUACCCGUUCGGGGGCCCGUACUACGGCUGCAGGCUGUCCCACUCGCACAACGUCAACUUGCAGCAGAAGCCGUGCUCGUACCACCCCGCAGACAAAUACGCCGAGCCCAGCAGCGCGCUGCCCACCGAGGAACUGUCUAGCCGGGCCAAAGAGUUUGCCUUUUACCCCAGCUUCGCCAGCUCGUACCAGGCCGUGCCGGGAUAUCUGGACGUGUCGGUGGUGCCCAGCAUCAGUGGCCACCCCGAGCCGCGGCACGACGCCCUCAUCCCCAUGGAGGGCUACCAGCACUGGGCUCUCUCCAAUGGCUGGGAUGGGCAGGUGUACUGCUCCAAGGAACAAUCGCAGUCCAGCCAUCUGUGGAAGUCACCGUUUCCAGAUGUGGUGCCCCUGCAGCCUGAGGUGAGCAGUUACCGGCGUGGCCGUAAAAAGCGCGUCCCUUACACCAAGGUGCAGCUGAAGGAGCUGGAGAAGGAGUACGCAGCCAGCAAGUUCAUCACCAAAGACAAGAGGAGGCGCAUCUCGGCCGCCACCAACCUCUCAGAGCGCCAAGUCACCAUUUGGUUCCAGAACCGGCGGGUCAAGGAGAAGAAGUUCGUCAGUAAAUCCAAGAGCAACCACCUGCACACCACCUGA